GCUCGGUCCCAGCUGCCGAGGCUCUUCGCUGCGGUGGUCGCCGCCCGUCCUACGCCGAUCCGGACCUAGCCCAGGACUACCCGGCCGGGCUGCGAGCACCUCACCCCCCACAUCUGGAAAUACGUGGACACAUCUGGCCCAGAAUGAGGCAUCCAUCUGCCAAGCGGUUCUGCCCACCCAUGGACUUAGUUUGUUGUGGAAACGCUGGAUCUCUGGGAACAGUCUGAUAACCUGUCAGCUGAAAGACAGGAGGAUCUGAGGUCCCUCCCGUUGGCUGCUGGAAGACCAGAGGCACUCACUCUCAGUGGAAUGAGCAGAAGGGUGGCUUUUCGUGGGGUCCAGGACAAGACAGCUCCCCACUGCGGCCCACACUCACUUGUUCUUCUCUUUCAGAGGGUGGCAACUUCCAGGCGUGUGGAUCCUGGAGAAUCCACUGAGGGAGCCAGGCAGAGAACCGCCUCCUCACGCCAGCCUGGAAGGACACCGGCCGCUGCUCUGCCCCACCCCACCCCCCGCAAUUUCUAACUUUUCCUCAACUUGCUGACUUCUCCAUCAACUCUGGUUCGGGUUAGCGCUUGCCGACUUUGAAAGGUCCAGCUCCCGUUGGUGGAUGUACAAGGGGUGGGGAGGCUUGAGGACAUCCACUCUCCAGCAGAAAUCUAGCCGGACGUGGGAGCCAGUCCUUGCUCUGCUGAGCCCUUUGUGGAUGGUGCAGUGAUAUGUCCACCAAGGUACCCAUCUACCUGAAGCGGGGCAACCGCAGAGGGAAGAAAGAGAAACUGCGGGACCUGCUGUCGUCAGACAUGAUUAGCCCACCCCUGGGCGACUUCCGUCACACCAUCCACAUCGGCAACGGUGGCGAGGGCGACAUGUUUGGCGACAUCUCCUUCCUACAGGGCAAGUUCCACCUGCUACCUGGCACAGUGGGUGAGGGGCCUGAGGAGGAGGAAGACGGCACCUUCAACAUCCCUUUCCCGUUUGCCCGGACGACCACGGUCUGCGGGCGGGAGCCCCGGGGGCUCUCUGAUGGGCAUUCCCCUCUCCUCAAGAAUGCCAUCUCCCUCCCAGUCAUUGGUGGGCCCCAGGCCCUCACCCUGCCUUCAGCUCAAGCCCCGCCCAAGCCACCCCGCCUGCACCUGGAGACAUCACUGCCGACCCCCCAGGAGAACGAGGGCUUGGAGAUCUGGAGGACUCCGGAGACUGAUUCUCCCCAGAACGGCUUCAUGCCUGAGCAAGGCGAGGAACCAUUCCUGUCCCAAGCCAGCUCCCUCCUUUCCCUCCACGUGGACCUGGGGCCUUCCAUACUGGACGACGUGCUCCAGAUCAUGGACCAGCACCAAGACCUGGACAGAGUGGAGAUCCCCACAUAAACUCCCCUGGGGGGGACAGGACGGCGUGGUGGCAUCAGACUUGGAGUGAGCUCAGAUAUGGCCAAGGAUGCCUGCAUUCAUUACACACCCAGGCCUUCACUUCUGUGAUUGUAGAGCAGAUCAUUUCUCACUCUUAUACCUCAGCUCCCCCCAUUUUGUCCCAUGGGAAGAAAGAAGUUUUGAGGGAGACCGCAGAAAAGCUCUUUGCACUCCUUGGGACAAAGGGGUGCCAGGAAAGCACCCCGUUCUCGCUGAGACUGCCUCAGCUCUGUUCUCAGAUACCCCAGCUGGCAGACUUUUCAUAGUCGGAGGCGGAGGGGACCACCUCGUUCUUCCUUCCCUCAGCCAGGGCAAGGAUGAGCAGGAGAUAUAUUCUUGCGUGACUUGCAGGACAGAGAAGGCUCCAGAAAGGAUUGCGGGAAUCCACCCAGCUCUGGGCGGGGGUGGGGGGAUACCCACACUCUAGACUCAGCUUACCCCCUGGGGAGGACCUUGCAGGCAAUAUGGGUGUAGUGCCAGCCCCUUCCCUGUGCCCCCUCUCCUGACUUAUGGUGAGCUGUGAUUGCAAUAAACCAUGCUGGAUUGGUGACAGCCC